GAGAGAGGUGAAAGUUACUCUUUUCCUGGGAAUUUUCACAGCAUUUAUAGUUUCCUUGGGUGUUUCUGCCCUUUUUCCAGGUUAGGAUUUCGGUGAGUGAAGAUCACUGAAGUCAGUGAUGUGGGCUUAUCUGGCCAAAUGCAGUCUGAAUAUUUUGAAUUCAGUGUUUUUAACAAAAGUAAACAAGCAAUCAAAAUUACUGGGUUCUUGAGGUACACUAGACAGCACUUGCUCAUGUUAGAAAUGCCAGUACAUUGUCUCUUCCAACAGAUUACAACCAAGUCCUGCAGGCAACAGCUUUUCCACGUAUGUCUCGUUUGGAAGGGUCCCUGCCCAGGGGUCACAGGUAUUGCAGUGUGAGCUCAGCUUUGGACAAGUUUUCAUGUUCCACUGUCAUAUCCACAGUUAGCCCCUGCUGCAGCAGCUCUUUUGUUGUACAUCCUGCCUGGAUCGCUGAGCCUUGUGCCCUCCAGAGGUGCCAGUGGAUCAGCCACUGCCUCCCCUCCCCUGGCCCACCACGGAAGAGACUGCAGGAAUCAGGGGGCACAGACAGCAGCGUGCCUGUGCUGGCUAGAGGGGAACAAGAUGGAUUUUAUUACCGUGGUACAGUAAAAGAGGAGACAGAGAGUGAAAGAGGCAUGUUCCUGGUAGAGUUUGCCAAACCACUUGUGUCACAUGGAAGGUGUCCAGUGUGUGUGCAAGAAACAACAAAGGAUGACAUCCUGGAAUAUGUGAACGGGAUGAAGCACUCCUUGCUCCCUGAAGACAGAGUGCUGGCACCCUGGGAGCCAGAUAGAGCCAGGUACGGCCCAGGAACUAUCCUCAGAGGCACUGAGACAAGGGAUCCCUUACGAGCCUCAGAAGAUGAAGAAAUUACAGUCCAGUUCUGGAAUGACAGGCAAGUGAAACUCCCCUGUGGUGUGGCUCUGUGGAUCCCUCCUAGCCUGUGGGAGAGGAUUGUGGAGAUGAUCCACAUGCCCUUCACCAGCAGGGUGAAGCCCAGAGCAAGCCAGGACACUAGCUCAUAUAUUUUUCCCUGCAGUCCUAAGCCAGCCCUGAUUCCUGUUUGUGCUGUAUAUAGCCGCAAGCACAGCUUGCUCUGCUCUCCCUGCUGGCCACAUUUCCACCACCACUGUGCUGGUGGUAUCUGCUGUUCAUCAGCUGGGGUAAGGUGAAUCUGCUACUGCCAUCCCUGUGCUGCUGCCUGGUGGCCUCUUCCCUCCAGGUCUCUGGUUUUUCAGGGCAAAGCUGAAGAGGCAGAGUCCAGCGGCCAUCCCUCUCCACACUUUCUAGAACUGAAAGGCAAAAAACAAGGAGAAGCUGCAGCUGUGGCAACAUCUUCUCCCUUUCCUGAUUCAGAGUGCAACCUGAAGCCAUCCCUCACUAAGAGUACUAUGGAGGACAGUGCUGUUAAAGGCUCCAGCUGUCUUGAAAAGCCCAGGCUAAAGAAUUCCUCAAGACCUGAGGAAUACUGGAAAAGAAGCCACCACAAGUCCCAUUUCAGUAAUUCAGGACCUGGGAGGUGUAGCAGCAAACAUACAAAGGGCGAGCUAGAAUCCAAAGCCAUCUCCACUGGGGACACAUCCAGUGUGGCCCCAGCUCUGCAGAGUGCAAUGUUUGAAACCAUCAAGCAGACUCCCAGAGGGCAACUCACACUAAAGGAAAUCCUAAGGGACCAAGAUUUCAAGCCAUCAUUGAGGGAAGAAGGCUCUGCAGCAUCAGAAAAACAGAGAUAUAAAGCAGGAUCAGAUGAUAAAUGUGAAGCAACUUGUGUUGAAGAUGACAAACCUGAUGUUAUAGCUGUCAGAGCUCACUUGCAACAAAGCAGAGAGAGACAUGAUCGACCAGAAUUCAGUAUGUGUACAACUGAUAAAGUUCAGGGGCUGAAAUUUCAGGAAAACUUCUUCUACUAUAUCAGUGGUUUUUUUAAACACUUCAAGUUCUGAUUUAGUUACUGUCUCAAUAGAGUAUCUUUAUGGAUGACUAUAUAAUUUUAAUAAGUGAGAAAGUCUACUUUCACCCACAUCAAACUUGAGCAUCCUCAUUCUUUAUUCUAAAGUGCUACAAUAAAUUCCUAACUAUUUGGACUUGACUUUACAAUUCUGGAGAGAUCAGAUGAACUAGUAUGAGCACUAAAACCCUGAACAGAUGCACAGCAAGAGUCCAAUAAACCUCCCAUUUGUCUACAGUUCUCUGGAGCGAGCCACAGAAAUUCAACAAAGCAGUUUUCGUUUGUAGAAAGCCAGGAGGAGUGGAGAAGCAAUACAAGCUGACAGCUGAAUUAAUUUCUUUUGGGACUGAAGCACAAGCAAAAGUAGCCAGAGGCUAAAGGACCUGCUACCGUACAUACAAACAACAAAAUGAUUAGCAUUCAAGCCACUGAUUUUUAUAUUCUGAUGAAAAUGAACUGAAACCUUAAUACUAUCAGCUACAAAAAGAUGAGGUAUCUAUAUACAUUUCAUCACUAAUUAUAAAUGUGGAAUCUGGUCCUUUGGGAAAGUUAAGCAUCCAGGGCAUUUUGUUAGUGGAACUGCUCAUGUUUAAAGCAUAUGAACUUGUCCAUAAGCUGCAAUGUGCAGUUGCUCAGUAAAUUGGAUAAUUUAGGGUACCCCACAGCCCUCAGAAAAGGGGUUUAGUACGGUCUGCAAAGCUGCAUAGAGGGAGAACUUGAAUCAAUAGCUCAUGUGCCUAGACUGAACACCUGACACAUAUUUCAGCACGUUUCUGAGUGAGGGUUCUAGGUAGUGAAUUUCAUUUGCAUUUCAUUUCUUUACCAGACUAGCGAAAGUACAGACAGGAGAGUGGCUUGUGAGCC